GUUAACCAUAAUCUCUAACGUUUGAUUUCCGCGUUGCUAACACGUUAGCAUCGAGCUAGACUUCCUCUAUAAACUCACUUGCAUACCGUCAUUUAUCAGACCCCGAGCGUUUUUUCAGCAUUUUAACACAGAAGACUUUGUCACCGGGAGGAGGAAACCCUUCGACGGACUCCGGCAGAACGUGGUGUCAGGUUUGGUCCAGGGUCGUUGAACAGUUAAUGCACAAAGUAAAGAGGCUGAAAACUGAAGACAAAUCAGAAGACUGCCAGGAAAGCGUCAGAGUGGCACUGGCACAGAUGACGGGGGUGGACGAGCUCUCAGACAGCACAGAGGUGGUGGAGAUGGAGGAUGUGAAUCCAACACAGUUCAAUGUGGAGAAGCGUUCGUGGGAGGAUCUGCGGAAAAUCAUCCGCAACAGUCGCCAAAACAUGGGCGUGAUUGUCAGCAAGGCGCCGCAUGACUUUCAGUUCGUCACGAAGGACGAGGCCAGCUCGCACUCUCACCGUAUCUACUUCCUCGGAGUGCCUUAUACCACCAGGGACAACUCCUUACUCUACUGCGAUGUUCCAAAGAAGGUCCGCCAAGACUCUCUGCUGGUGCUGUCAUGGAAACCGAUGUUCAGUCAUUUUCAGACCAGUCCUCGGCACGGGAUCUUCUCCCGGGAGGAGGAGCUGCUGCGAGAGAGGAAGCGUUUGGGGGUUUUUGGCAUCACCUCCUAUGACUACCACGGAGCCUCCGGCCUCUUCUUGUUCCAGGCCAACAGCAAUCUGUACUACUGCAGUGACGGAGGAAACAACAGCUUCAUUACGGCUCCCACGAAGCCAGUAGAAAUCCAGAGCCAGAGUUCAGGAACCCGCAUGGACCCAAAGAUCUGCCCGGGACAUCCGGACUUCAUCGGCUUCAUCAACAACAACGACAUCUGGGUGUCGAACAUCAAGACGGGUGAAGAGAGGAGGCUCACGUUCUGCCAUAAAGGUAUUGAUAAUCCAAAAGAUGAUCCAAAGUCUGCCGGCGUGGCUACUUUUGUCACACAGGAGGAGUUCGAUCGGUUCACCGGAUACUGGUGGUCACCGGCUGCUCGGGAAGAACUGGACGGUGGUAAGACUCUGCAGAUAAUGUACGAGGAGGUGGAUGAAUCUGAGGUGGAGAUCAUCCAUGUCCCGUCUCCAGCGCUGGAGGAGCGUAAAACUGACGUGUACAGAUACCCACGAGCAGGCAGCAAGAAUCCUGUGAUAACUCUGAAAUUAGCAGAAAUCCUUAUAGACAAUCAAGGCACAAUCGUCAGCACACAGGAAAAAGAGCUGCCUGCACCUUUCACCAGCCUGUUUCCCACUGCUGAGUACAUCAUCAGAGCUGGAUGGACCAAAGAUGGCAAAUAUGCAUGGACAGUCUUGAUGGACCGGCGGCAGCAGAAUCUCCAGUUGGUCCUCCUGCCUCCCGCUCUGUUUGUCCCCGUGAAUCAGGACGAGUCGAGCCGACAGAAGAGUCUGGAGGCCGUGGGACACAACGUCCACCCCCUCAUCAUCUACAGAGAAAACAGCGACAUUUGGAUCAACGUCCAUAACAUCUUCUACCCGUUUAUCCAAACCAAUGAUGAGGAGUUCACCUUCAUCACAGUGAAUGAGUCCAAAACAGGCUUCUGCCAUUUGUAUAAGAUCACAUCAGUGUUACAACAGGGCAGUUACGACUGGGCCAAAGGCUACACACACUCUGAAGGUGACUUCCAGUGUCCGGUCAAAGAGGAGGUGACGUUGACCAGCGGCGAGUGGGAGGUUCUGGCCAAUCACGGAGCCAAGCGUUCGUCCUGUCCUCAGAUUUGGGUAAACGAGGCGACAAAGCUGGUUUAUUUCCAGGGAACCAAAGACUCACCUCUGGAGCAUCACCUGUACGUGGUGAGCUACGAGUCACCAGGUGAAAUAGUCCGACUCACCAAACCCGGCUUCUCUCACAGCUGCGCCGUCAGUCAGACCUUUGACAUGUUCGUCAGCCAUUACAGCAGUCUUACAGCCUCACCUUGUGUACACAUCUACAAACUGACGGGAUCAGACAGUGACCCUCUGCACAAAGAGCCACAGUUCUGGGCGAGCAUGAUGGAGUCUUCAACAUUCCAGUUUGACUAUAAUACUCCAGAGCUCUUCAGUUUUAAAGGGAAGUCGGGCUUCGACCUUUACGGCAUGUUGUACAAACCAACCGACCUGAAGCCCGGUGCCAAACACCCCACUGUUGUCUUCGUUUAUGGCGGUCCUCAGGUCCAGCUAGUGAACAACUCGUAUAAAGGUGUGAAGUACCUGCGUCUGACCACGCUGGCGGCGCUGGGCUAUGCCGUUCUGGUCAUCGAUGGACGGGGCUCCUGUCAGCGAGGACUCAAGUUCGAAGGAGCUGUGAAAGACAAGAUGGGUGAAGUGGAGAUCGAUGACCAGGUAGAGGGUUUACACUAUAUCGCAGAGAAGCACAAGUUCAUUGACCUGAGUCGAGUUGCCAUCCACGGAUGGUCGUACGGAGGAUUCCUGUCACUCAUGGGCCUCAUCCACAAACCCGACGUCUUCAAGGUCGCCAUUGCAGGAGCACCGGUGACGUUAUGGAUGGCCUAUGACACCGGUUACACAGAGCGCUACCUGGACACACCAGAGAAGAACCAGAAGGGCUACGAGUCUUGUUCUGUCGCUCUCCAUGUCAACAAACUGCCAAAUGAGCCCAACCGGUUGCUGAUCCUUCAUGGAUUUCUCGAUGAGAAUGUGCACUUUUUCCACACAAACUUCCUGGUGUCUCAGCUGAUCCGGGCAGGGAAGCCAUACAGCCUCCAGGUUUAUCCCAAUGAGCGACACAGCAUCCGAUGUCCAGAGUCUGGAGAACAUUAUGAAGUUACGCUGCUGCACUUCCUUCAGCAAAACCUCUGAUAAGCCUCUGCACACGCUCAGCUUUCCUCCGCUUCUUCCUACCUUCCUCUACCUGCAUCCUGUUUCCUUUCUCUGUCUGAACAGCCAUCACCAACCUCGUCCCAGGUUAUAAAACCACCAGAGCGCUGAGUAAAUAAACCGCAACACACCUCAGUCACCGUCUGUCAGGCGGAAAGGUGCUGUAGAUUAUUACCACAUUUAUAUCCACACAUCAGAACGGUCACAGUAAAAACAUCUUUGUUUUACAGUGGAGGGAAAAAUACUAAAGGGCUUUAAGCUCUAUGAUCAAUAGAGGGCGCUGUUUACCCAGAACAAACAGGGCUGUAGCUUUUCAGAUUCAGAUCAUGACUUAAAAAAAAAACAAAAAAAACCACACUGAAUCACAAUGUGACAGUGAUGAUAUUAUAGUUGAAAUGCAGCUUAAUGUACCUUUUAUGCAAAUAGAACAGAGGGACCUCCUUGGAAUAAACUUUUUGGGACCCAACUGACAAAGUCACCAGAUACGUUUCUGUCAGUGAAUAAACACUGGAGUCGAGAUUGAAAACCUGAAAACUCUGUAACAAACGUACAAGUGAGCUCUUCACCUCAUUUUUUUUCCUAUUCUUUAAUUGCUUCGAGAUGGACUUUUUUAUGUGUUGUGCCAUAAUUUGGCAGAAGAGUAAGAAAAAUGCCAGAUUUUAUCAUGCAUUACUGGUAUAUAUAAAUAUAUAUAUAUAUAUAUUUUAUGUAUUCUUAUGCAGUUUAAAGAGUGGAUAAACGUAGUCGUCUGUCGCUGUCACUUGCGGGCUUUAAUUCUGCUGGGAGCUUGUUUUUCUUCUGCUGCUGAAGGACUUUAUCUGACUCUCAGAUUGGUUUUGCACGUUUUACAUGUUUGCCUUGGCGUUGACAAACCGAAGAUGUUGAUGUUGGACGAAUCUGCGGCUGCGUGAGGUGCCUUUUAGAGCAUAGAGGAGCAUCGGGUCAUUUCCAGUCGUAUAUCAGGGAGUCCGAGGACCUACAACAAGAACAUGCCUUGUUACACACUGUCUGUGUCUGACGACCAUCUGUAGGAUGAGCAACCAUGAGAAGAAGAAAUAAACACAACCUUUUU